CCUAAACCCUAUCAAAAUUUGCAUUGCAGAUAACAAAAUACCUUCACUUUCUACUAUUAUCCAAAAAUGCAUCUCCCUUUGCUCUUCAUCCUACCACUCCUCUUCAUCUCCUCUCAGGCUGCAGUACUGGAUUUCUGUGUUGCAGACUUAUCAUUGCCUAAUGGGCCUGCAGGCUAUUCAUGCAAGAAGCCUGCCAAAGUCACUGAAAACGAUUUCGUGUACCAUGGCUUGGCCACUGCCGGAAACACUACCAACAUUAUCAAAGCUGCCGUGACACCGGCCUUAGACGCCCAAUUUCCAGGUGUAAACGGCCUCGGUAUUUCCUUAGCGCGGAUCGACCUGGCGGCCGGCGGUGUCAUUCCCUUCCACACCCAUCCAGGAGCAUCAGAAAUCCUGGUUGUCAUCCAGGGAACAAUUUAUGCAGGUUUUAUAUCGUCCUUCGACAAUGUAGUUUACCUCAAAACUCUUCAAAAAGGGGAUAUUAUGGUAUUCCCUCAAGGAUUAUUGCACUUCCAAUUGAAUGCUGGUAAGAUUCCAGCAAUCGCAUUUGCUAGUUUUGGCAGUUCAAAUCCAGGUCUCCAAAUAACAGAUUUUGCCUUCUUUAAGAAUGAUUUGCCGACUGAAGUGCUUGCCUUGACUACUUUUCUCGACAUUGAACAGAUCAAGAAACUCAAGGGUGUUCUUGGUGGCACGAACUGAUGGAAUUCUAUGAAGAGCAAUUUGUCAUUUCGUUUCUGCUAAUUAAUCUUGAUUUUCUCAUAAUCAUAUCGCAAACUGUGUCGAUUUGGAAAUGUAAUUUGUAGUCUCUGUCAUUUGCUUUCUCGUUUUGCUUUUAGAUGCCAAAUUAUGUUAAGUCUAAUUUAAAGUAUUUGUCCUAAGUAUCAAAUCACUUCCUCGCCUGUUUAUUUCA